GGCAGCAGCCCAGCGGACUGCCCCCAUUGAGACAAGGCUGAAGUGCGCGUGAAGCAGCCACAACACGUGAACGGCACGAGCGGGACACACCGCUAACCUAGGCUAUACAACUCCUCCACACUUGGUGAUUCUCUUUUUUCCCUGGGAGUAGACUUCACAGCCAAGAUGGAAAUUAAUGUCAGCCAGCAGCAGCUCAUGCCGCCCGCCUGUUUCUUUGCCGCGGCGGCGGCGCAGAGCAUCCAGCUGAGCCCGACCGGCAGCAACGACAGCAGCGGCAAGCCGGUGUCCAAGCAGCCCAAGAGGCAGCGCUCCUCCUCGCCGGAGCUUCUGCGCUGCAAGCGGAGGCUGAACUUUGCGGGCUUCGGCUACACUCUGCCGCAGCAGCAGCCGCACGCCGUGGCCCGGAGGAACGAGAGGGAGCGCAACCGGGUGAAGCUGGUCAACAACGGCUUCGCCACCCUCCGGGAACACGUCCCCAAUGGUGCCGCCAACAAGAAGAUGAGCAAGGUAGAGACGCUGCGCUCGGCCGUGGAGUACAUCCGCGCCCUGCAGCAGCUCCUGGACGAGCACGACGCAGUGAGCGCGGCGUUUCAGUCCGGCGUCCUGUCGCCCACCAUCUCGCAGGGAUACUCCGCUGACAUGAACUCCAUGGCGGGCUCCCCGGUGUCGUCCUACUCCUCUGACGAGGGCUCCUACGACCCCCUCAGUCCCGAGGAGCAGGAACUGCUAGACUUCACCAACUGGUUCUGAGCAUCUACAUAUGAAAUAUGGAUCAACUCAGUUUAUACUGUUAAUGUGCGCUUGGGAUGGUCCCCGGAGGAGGCUGGGUGUCCUCAAGAACAAGAUGCACUGUAUAGGCUACGGUCCGGUGUCCUAGCAGCCCGGUCCUCCCAGACAGACACGGCCUUGCAUCCUGAAAACGGGAAAAUCAGGCCAGAGAUCAGCGCCAAAGGACUAAAGGAAGACGGGUCUCCUGACAGCGUGGGAAUCCAAGCUUCCGUGCAUUUGCCCAUGAAAAACAAACAAAAAACCCUAAAGUGAAUUCACGCUCAACCGCAGCACAUAAAAACACUAUUUAAAACGUUGCUCUUCAACUAUGCUUAACCCAAUCAAAGAACACCAACCCUUUGAUAAACCUCUGAGACGUUUAAUUCAGAAAAUGCUUCCAAGUCGCGGAUUUAUUCUAUAAAAUUCUAUAUCAAACGCUUUUUUGAAAUAUAUUAAGAUAUUUUUGUAUGUAAGAGAUUUAUAGAUGUUUUGUACACAUCCUUUUGUAUAUAUUUUGUCUAUAUAUUGCUAAGUUGCUUCUAUACCUCUUGCCUAUGUAGACGUGUAGUCUAUUAUUCUCUGCAACUGGCUAUUCUGUUCAUGAGGUUUCAAGAAGGGGUUUGACACUCCGACAUUUUAUUCUAGCACCAAUGUGUCUUAUUUAAUAGCAAAAAAAUGUAUCAUGUCAUGAAGUUCACAAUGAUCAAAACUUAUGCAGCUAUUGUCCAAACAGAGCCCAAUGGCGAUGCAUUGUCUCUUUAUACUGCCAGCUCUAUAUUGUCUUCACAUAAACAGAUGCUGAAAAAAAGAAU